UCCUCGGCGGCGAGCGGCGGGCGGGGAGCGCAGCCCGCGCCUCAGCCCCACGUGUGGCGGCGGAGCGGGGAAGUUGCCGGCGGCCGGCGCUGCGGACCCUGCUCCUGUCCCGCCGCUGGCCGGCCCUUCCCGUCCCUCGGGAGGACGCAGCUCCAAAUUGCAUCCAGGAUGGACCAUAUAAAGCCAGAAGUAUUGAGUCUUUGCCUUGUUGCUGGUUUUCUGGUACCACAGGCUUGCUGUGAUAGUCUGGUCACUUCUAUCAGUCCAAGUUUACCAGAGUUAUUCCACAUUGUACCUUAAAUGGUGCGAAGUAAUUGUCUGGAUGAGAUUCGCAGCAGGCAGGUUGUUACCUGUGAGGAAGGAUGAAAAGUCCUUUGUAGCUGCACAUAACCUCCAGUUUCUUGCAUAGCCAAGCACUCAACAGAAAAGGAAUUCUUCAGCAUCUUGUUUCAAAAGACCUUGGACAAUCUUCUGCUGUUCCACUCCCUUUGGUCCCACACUUAAGCAAAAAAAAGAUCCAAAGAAGAGGAUGAGGCAGCUUAGAGGAAAACCUAAGAAAGAGACCUCCAAAGAUAAAAAGGAGAGAAAACAGGCAAUGCAAGAGGCCCGGCAGCAGAUCACCACGGUGGUGCUUCCCACACUGGCUGUCGUAGUACUGCUGAUUGUUGUGUUUGUCUAUGUAGCCACUCGUCCCAAUACAACUGAAUGAUGCAGCUUUUCAGACUCUCUAGCUUUGGGAUAUUAAUUUUACCAAGAGCCAAAAGGAACUCUCUGCCACUCUUUUAGUACUUUGCAAAGGAUCUUGCUGGUAUUUUCAGUCUUUCUCUUGGCUAGAGUCCCACAGAUUCUCUUUAGGAAUGUAACAUAAAACAUAUUAGUGAAUGUGCUAGUACGUUUUAUGGUCCAGUUAUGUGCCUUUCAGACUUUUAAAAAUGGUGUUUUUCUUAAAGCUGUUUGAAGCUCUAUAUUGUAAAAGAAAAUCGUGUUCUGCUAUAAAUUUGUAAAAAAUCAGCUUUCAGCUUUUAUCACUGUUACGGAUAAUGUUGCUCCCAUGAGCUCUUGUAUGUCUAUUUCAGAAUUUCCAAAGAAGUACAUUUCUUCUUUGUACUUAAUGUCAUAUGAAGUGCUUUGAUUCAGAAAGGAUAUAUUUAUUUUUUGAAUAAAAGAAGUCUUACUUGGAAUCUUCAAAUUAUUUUGCAAAAAAAUGUGACAUUGUGAGAGCCUACAUUGUGUAAUAAUUUUUUCAUCAACCACUAUAUAGUUCACUCAAAAAGAAUUUCUUUUUGGUGCAAGAUACCAACAUGCAAAGUGAAUACUUCAGGACCUGCUGGAUGGAAUCGUACAGAAUUUGGACAGGGAGAUUCUGCCAGAUUUUGGUGAAGUAACUAAUAACAAACUACAUAAACACAGUUGCUUAUCUGAAUGUUCAAUAUUUGAAACUGUGUAAGUGGCAAUAAAAAGGUGAUUUUGCAUACAAA